AUGUGUGAUGUAAUCAUAUCUCAGUCUCAGUCUUCCUCCUGUUCUCCCUCUCCAGCUCUCAGUAUAGAGAGUCUGUCCUCUGCCUCAGACCACAGCUCCUCCCUGAACCCCCUGGGUGCCAGCAACGACCAGGGACAGGGCUUCACCAAGAGCGUCUCUGAGCCUUCCAUCUGUUCACCCUCCGACAACUCGCCUUCCUCUUCCUCCUCCUCCUCAGCUCAUCCUCAGCAUCACCCCUCCUUAAGUCCUGCCCCCUUUCCAGCGCUGUCUAAUGCUAGCUCAGCUCCAGCCACCCCACAGACCAGUCGUAACUCUGGGACCACUAGAGAUCCUGGAGCCGCACCACAAAGAGCCACAAACAACAAACGGUUUUGUAAGGAGAACCCGUUUAACAGGAAAGCAAGUGCUGCCAAAUCAGAAACCAGACCUCCAAGAGGCCCACGACCUGCCAGACCCCCGGCACCCGGGCAUGGAUUCCCGCUUAUCAAACGCAAGGUGCAGUCGGACCAGUUCAUCCCAGUCGAGGAUAUCCAUGCAGAGAUGGCUCAGCUGGAGCAGCAGCUGGAUGAGAUGGAGCAGAAGGGCGUGGAGCUGGAGAAGCAGCUGAGGGACAACCCUAAUGAUGAAGAUGAGGAGCGCCUGCUGGUGGAUUGGUUCACUCUCAUCCACGAUAAACAUCUUUUAGUGCGGCGUGAAGCUGAGCUAGUUUACACAGCGAAGCAGCAGAACCUGGAGGAGAGGCAAGCUGACGUGGAGUAUGAACUACGAUGCCUUCUCAACAAACCAGAGAAAGACUGGACUGAGGAGGACAAGAGUCGGGAGCAGGAGCUCAUGGCUGAGCUAGUUACCAUCAUCGAACAGCGCAACCAAAUCGUCAACAACAUGGACCAGGACCGGCAGAGGGAAGAAGAAGAGGACAAACUUAUGGAUGCCAUGCUGAAGAAAAAAGACUUUCACAAGGAUCAUGAUGGCGACCACCAAAAGAAAAAAGGGGCAAAAUUUAAACCCAUAAAGGUGCUCAAGCGGCUGAGCCAUAAAAGAGAACCGGGAAAGAGCCACAGCCCUCGUAAAGAGAAGAGCUGAGCGGCGGAGGACACGUCUUUAAAAAGACGAUAGACUAUUUAACUAUUUUAGGAUCAUGAGUUAAAAAUAAAAGCCUCAAACAUAUCAGAUCAAGAAGAUGAAA